UGAGACCUACGGACAUAAAUCUGACAGGUGUUGAAAAUCACGUUGUUCAAGGUACAAAUGUCAAGUUGGACUGUAAAGUAUAUGGUGCUCGUCCAGCAGCUACUGUACGUUGGGCCAACGGAUCAUCUUCCAUUGAUAAAGAAUUUGUCGACAAAACAACAUUGGAAUCACCAAUAAACACUAGAUAUAUUGAAGAGAAAGAUGGAACCUUCACUACUAUUAGUUCACUAUCCUUCAAAGCAAGCCAUUGGGAAAACGGAAAAACGAUUUACUGCUUUACCGAAAACGAAGUAAUGAAGAAAAAUGCCGAACCUGAAUUUCAAAAGAGUCUCAUUCUCGACGUCCGAUAUCCUCCUGUAAUAACAGUUAAACCAACUUACGCCGUAGUUAAUGAAUCCACGGAUAGUAACGUUACCAGUGCUUUUCUGCAGUGCAGUUAUUUUGCCAAUCCUCAAGAACUUUUAACUGCCAAUUGGUUAAAAGACGGUAAACCUUUUUUGACGAAUGAUUCGAGAAAGUAUGUUGGAGGAUCGUUAAGGAAUCCACCCUUGUAUAUCAAUAACGUGAUCCGCGACGACAUGGGUGAAUACACGUGCACCUUGGGGAAUGUUAUCGGUACUGAAGUAUCUCCGGAAAGUGUAUCGCUUAACGUAUUAUAUACACCUGAUGUAGAAGUCUUAAUGGAACCCUUUUAUCCCGUCAAAGCAAUUGAUAAAAGAACUGUUAUCAUCAUGUGUAACGUUACAUCAGGAAAUCCUUCAAAUCUUCUUAAGGUCCGCUGGUUUCUGGAAGGAGAAUUGAUGAAAGAAUUUCCGGAAUGUAACUACACGAACAUUGAUGAGAACGGGCAAGCAGAAGGUAACGGAGGACCGUUUUGCGGUCUGGAUCCCAGUAUUUUAAGUCUCGAAAGGGUGGACGAAUCCUUUGCAGGCAACUACACAUGUCAGGGAAUGAACGUAGGAGGAUGGGGACCGGUAUCCGAACCUCAGGAAUUAGUUGUCUAUUAUCCCCCUGGUCCAGCCAGAAUUCGAUACACGCCAUCAAAAGUCGUCAAAGGUGGCUCAGUAAACUUGACAUGUACAGUCGAAUCGAUCGGUCGUCCAAAUAACGUCAGUUACAUUUGGUACAGAGGAUCGCAUGUUUUAUCGAACGUUACGCAAUCUGUAUACAGUAUAACAUCAGCUGGAUUAGAAACGAGAAACAACUUUUCGUGCAGAGCUGUUAACGAAGGUGGUAAGGGUGAAGAUGCCACCGUUUUUGUGAACGUUUAUGCUGCUCCAGCAUUUACAAAGAAGCCACCUACUUACCAAGGUAUAUUAUAUACUUCAAAACAUGUCAACCUGACUUGUAUAGUUGAAUGCUAUCCAGAAUGUUCCAUAGUCUGGCAUAAAGAUGGUGUCAAAUUGGAUAUUGUGAAUAAUCCCUUGUAUACCGUAGAAACGCAUUUUCUUAAACCCAACCCACAGAAAAAUGAUUUUGAAUCUGUCAAUUCAACAUUAAUUUGGAAUAUAACUGCCUGGCCUGGACACAUGUUAAACAAAACCAGUCCGAACUCGAAUUAUACCUGUCAAGCCACUUCAAAUAAAAUUGGGCUUGGUGUCAGUUCAACUGCUGAGAUAGCUGUAGAUUAUCCGCCAGAGGAUGUUAUUACCAGCGCAAAAGUUGUAAAUGUGAAAGAAGGUGAUAUUCCUGAUCAAGUGAAGUGUAUGGGAAAAGGAAGACCCACGCUUACUUACCAAUGGAAGAAGAACUAUACAUCUGAAGCAAUAACGACUAAUGAUCAUCUUGUUUUGCCGAAAUUGACUCGAAGUGAUACAGCCGCCUAUAUUUGCGAAGCUUCCAAUAAGCACGGAUCUAAGACUGCUACGGUAUAUUUUAAUAUACAAUACGCUCCCGAAUGUACAAUUACCACAGUAGAUAAAGAUGGCACUCCGGCCUUAGUAUGCACAGCCUUGGGUAAUCCUCAGGAAAUGACAUUUAAUUGGACAGUAAAAGAAGGCAACGAAACUUUCAAUGAAACGAAUAACAUCAUCAAAGACAAAGUCAAGAGUUAUUUGUUACUGGAUUCUAGCAUCGAAACGUACAGGACUUACUCUUGCGUAGCUCACAACGAAAUAGGAAAUAGUGGUGCUUGUAAAAGAGAAGUAGCAGGUAAUCUUCCUUGGUGGCGACAACUCAACCAAGAUAAAAUGAUCAUCAUCAUCGCAUCAAUAGUAGCAGUUAUUAUUUUCGUAAUAAUAAUCUGUAUCAUCAUCAUCAUUUUAUGCCGAAGGAAGAGAGCUGACACUAAGUACAAUAGUCCACUGGAAAUGGAGGAGCGGGAAAAUCCCGACGGUCAUUCGCCCAACGAUUCAGACCAAGCCAAAUGGCCACUACAGCCCGGGGUCCUUAUCCACAUUAACAAAAUGAAUAACGUUAGCAUUAGUCAAAUAACACCCAGAGUUACCCCUUACAAAACGACUUCGGUAGCAACCUUGCGAAAAUUCUCGAAAUACUCGAAAUACAAACGAAAUAAAUCCAAAAUAUACAACAAGUUGGAGAGGAUUGCGAGUUUUUUAGGCAUGCAUAGGGGACGAGAAAGGAUACCAAGCGGAAUUAAGGAAAGUGCAAACGGAGUUGUGACAUUUAGAAAGGUGCAUCCUAAUUCACCCCUCCAAAACCCACCAGUUAGAGGAAGGAAGAGGAAAAAACCUGGAUCUGCACCCAACAUGUCCUCUACAGAAGAUAAACCGAGGUUGGGGGUUGGCCUACCUCUUGGAGGUACUGCAGACCCCUUAAAUGAUCCCGAUGGGGGCUUCUACGAAAAUCUGCCAUUCCAUGGAAUGCAGAAUCCGCCAAAUAAA